AGGCGACGGCGGGCGGCUGCGGGCACCCCCCCGCCGCGUGUAGGCGGCCGGCUGCUCGACUCGUGCGGUGUUAAGUCAUAUGGUCGAGGAGCAUAAAGCCUAUGUUGAAGAAAGAAAUUCGGUGAAGAGACCACCCUCCAAAAUGGCAAGGCCAAGUCGUAGGCGGACUUACGGCACGGUGCGACACUUGCGCGCGCAUAAAAGACUUGCGAUCGCGAACGUCGGCGGGCGGCGACGCGCGGCGGGUAGGAGUGCGGGUCAGUGGCGUGCAGAGCGCGCCGCGGACGCCCGCACCGCAGUGUCGAGCAGCAACCCGCCAUGCCCGGCCCGCGCCUCUCCCGCGCCGCCUGACAGCAUGGCCCACCCGACCGCUACCACCACACGCAGCCACGCUCUGACGACGGUUUUAGGCUUUCCUGACCUUUCGUCACCGUCGUGUUAUGGCCAGUCGUGGCAGACCAUCACCACUCAUCCCUUUCAUACCGUCGUGACGUGCACGUGGACACUGCGGUGCCAACCUCAAAUGUUUUCAAUGCCUUUAGACUGUAAGGUGACACUAACAGAACAUUAACUAACACUUAAACAAUCUUAAUGACUCCAGUGCAACACCUCAAUUCGAGGGGGAAGUUCAAUGAACUAGUAUAUUUAAAUUCAGAAUCGUGUUUAAUAUGAGAGACUAGUUAACAUAAAAAGUGGACUGCGGUGGGGGUUGUGCUGUGUACUUAGCUCUGCCUCUAGUUGUUUAAUGAACAUCCAGGGAUUAUACGAAAAACUUACAAUUUACGGCUUUAUGUCGUAAAUACUACGUAGACACGUGAUUAUUAAAGGAGUGCUACCGUACAACCUGCCGCGCCCAUGCCCUUAAGUUCGGUUGGCUGCAGCGCAGGAGGCGGCGGGCGCGCAAGCGCGCGCGGCGCCAGCUGAUACCAUGGGCGGCGCGCAUCAGCCCGCUACUCCGGGGCCCACGUCGCUCUUCAUACUCUCCGACGAAAACCCUAUACGGAGGUACACAAAGUUCAUCAUUGAGUGGCCACCCUUCGAGUACGCGGUGCUGCUUACCAUCAUAGCCAACUGCGUGGUGCUGGCGCUGGAGGAGCAUUUGCCCAACGGCGAUAAGACCAUCUUAGCACAGAAUCUGGAAAAGACCGAGGCGUACUUUUUAGGAAUAUUUUGUGUAGAAGCCUCGUUAAAAAUUUUAGCUUUAGGUUUUGUUUUACACAGGGGCUCGUAUCUUAGAAACGUUUGGAACAUUAUGGAUUUUUUCGUUGUAGUAACCGGUAUCGUCACGCUGCAGCCGAACAUCGCGCCGGAUGUCGACUUCAGAACCUUGCGUGCCAUUAGGGUGCUGAGGCCCCUUAAAUUAGUAUCGGGCGUCCCUAGUCUGCAAGUGGUGUUGAAGUCCAUCAUCAAGGCCAUGGCGCCACUGCUGCAGAUCGGAUUACUGGUGCUGUUUGCGAUCGUUAUAUUCGCUAUCAUCGGCCUGGAGUUCUAUUCCGGGGCUCUUCACAAGACUUGUUAUAAUUUAGAAGAUAUUAAUGAAAUAAUGAAUGAGGGCGACAGUGCCACGCCGUGCAAUGCAGACAACAAGAGUUUGGCGCCGCUGGGAGCCAAUGUUUGCGAAUACGAUAAGAGCACGUGUUUAGAGAAGUGGGAGGGACCGAACAAGGGCAUCACGUCGUUUGAUAACAUCGGCUUCGCUAUGCUCACCGUCUUCCAGUGUAUCACGAUGGAGGGCUGGACUGCCAUCCUCUAUUGGACGAACGACGCUUUAGGCAGUGCAUUCAAUUGGAUUUAUUUUGUGCCUCUAAUAGUAUUGGGUUCAUUCUUUAUGCUCAACUUAGUUCUCGGUGUUCUUAGCGGAGAGUUCUCUAACGAGAGAGGGCGUGUGGAAAGACGCGCUCAGUUCCAGAAGGAGAGAGCGAGGCAGAUGUUCAAUACGGACUUUACCGCUUAUUUAAACUGGAUUACGGAAGCAGAGGAAGUAAUUUUAGCUGAAGAAAGAACCACCGAGGAGGAGAAAAUGCACAUAAUAGAAGCGAGGAGGAAAGCAGCGGCCAAAAAGAAGUUAAAAAACCUCGGCAAAAGCAAAAGCACCGACACUGAAGAGGAAGAGCAGGACGAGGAGUGCGGUGACGACGGUUUUUUGAAAAGCAAGACGCGAUCGGUGGGCAAGUGUGCAGACUUCUGGCGGGCGGAAAAGAGAUUUCGUUUUUGGAUCCGGCACACGGUCAAGACGCAGUGGUUCUACUGGUUCGUCAUUGUACUGGUGUUGUUCAACACGAUAUGUGUCGCCGUCGAACAUUAUAAACAACCAAAAUGGCUGACCUCAUUUUUAUAUUAUGCCGAAUUUGUGUUCUUGGGUCUUUUUAUGAUGGAGAUGUGGGUGAAGAUGUAUGCUUUGGGACCGCGGAUAUACUUCGAGUCUUCUUUCAACCGAUUCGACUGCGUGGUCAUAUCGGGCUCCAUAUUCGAAGUGGUGUGGUCCGAAGUGAAGGGUGGCUCAUUUGGCCUGUCUGUGUUGAGAGCGUUAAGACUGCUGAGGAUAUUCAAGGUCACCAAAUACUGGUCAUCCCUCAGGAACCUAGUGAUAUCACUCCUGAACUCCAUGAGAUCUAUCAUCUCACUGCUGUUCCUACUGUUCUUGUUUAUCCUCAUCUUCGCUUUACUCGGCAUGCAGUUGUUCGGCGGCCAGUUCAACUUCGAGGAGGGAACGCCGCCGACUAACUUCAAUACCUUCCCUAUAGCGCUGCUUACUGUCUUCCAGAUUUUAACAGGUGAAGAUUGGAACGAAGUUAUGUAUCACGGCAUCGAAUCACAGGGUGGCAUUCAGAAGGGCAUGAUCUACUCUUUGUAUUUCGUUAUACUGGUGCUAUUCGGGAACUACACUCUGCUAAACGUGUUUCUUGCCAUCGCUGUCGAUAACUUAGCCAACGCUCAGGAAUUGACAGCUGCGGAAGAGGAACAAGUCGAGGAGGACAAGGAAAAGCAACUUGCAGAAUUGAAGAAAGAGAUGGGAGCGUUACACGCGGUGGACGGGAUACCACCCGAAGUAGAUUCCCCGUCGCCUACUACCAGGAAGAACAAAAAGAAAGAAGAGGCCAAAAAGGAGGAUGAUGACGAGGUGCCAGAUGGACCAAAACCAAUGCUGCCAUAUUCGUCCAUGUUCAUUUUGUCACCCACUAAUCCAAUUAGGAGAGGCGCACAUUGGGUUGUAAAUUUAAAAUACUUUGAUUUUUUUAUCAUGAUUGUUAUAUGUAUGAGUUCUGCGGCUUUAGCAGCUGAAGAUCCUGUAGUUGAAGAAAGCGCCUGGAAUAAAAUAUUAAAUUUAUUCGAUUACGCGUUCACCGGUGUAUUCACCGUUGAAAUGUUACUCAAGAUUGUUGAUCUGGGCAUACUAUUUCACCCGGGUGCUUAUCUUCGCGACUUGUGGAACAUUAUGGAUGCUGCGGUCGUUAUAUGUGCCCUUGUAAGCUUCGGUUUUGAAAUCGGAGGUGUGAAAAAAGGCGCUCAGAAUCUAUCGACGAUAAAGUCGCUAAGAGUGUUGCGAGUGCUCAGGCCGUUGAAAACUAUAAAACGAAUCCCUAAAUUAAAAGCAGUGUUUGACUGUGUGGUGAACUCUUUGAAAAACGUCAUUAACAUUCUCAUUGUGUAUAUAUUGUUUCAAUUCAUAUUUGCUGUAAUUGCAGUACAACUUUUUAAUGGUAAAUUUUUUCACUGCAACGAUAUCAGUAAGAAUACAUUUGAAGACUGCCAAGGGUCGUAUUUCGUCUACGAGGCGAAUAGCCUACUGCCGAAAGUAAGCAAACGGCAGUGGACGACGCAAUUCUUCCAUUACGACAACGUCGCCACUGCCAUGCUUACGCUUUUUGCGGUACAGACGGGAGAAGGGUGGCCACAGGUGUUACAAAACUCCAUGGCUGCUACGUAUGAAGAUAGGGGACCCAUACAAAACUUUCGAAUAGAAAUGUCCAUAUUUUAUAUAGUUUAUUUUGUGGUGUUUCCGUUUUUCUUUGUUAACAUAUUCGUAGCUCUGAUAAUUAUCACAUUUCAAGAGCAAGGUGAAGCCGAGUUACAAGACGGUGAAAUUGAUAAGAAUCAGAAAUCGUGUAUAGACUUUACUAUAGAAGCGCGGCCUCUUGAGAGGUAUAUGCCAAGCAAAAGGGCGAGUUUUAAGUACAAAGUGUGGAGAAUAGUAGUCUCUACGCCUUUUGAGUACUUCAUCAUGACUCUCAUCGUACUCAACACAUUGUUACUCAUGAUGAAGUACUAUAAUCAAAAUGACCUCUACGCGGAUAUCCUCAAGUAUUCGAAUAUGGGGUUCACUGGAAUGUUUUCUGUGGAAACGGUGUUGAAAAUCAUCGCUUACGGUGUCAAAAAUUUUUUCAAAGAUCCAUGGAAUACAUUCGAUUUCAUAACGGUCAUUGGAAGUAUUAUUGACGCUCUCAUCAUGGAAUUGGGCAGCGAUCUUCCAGAACACUGUGCCUCUGACAUUUCCUGUCAGCAGGAGAACACUUUCAACGUCGGUUUCCUCCGCCUGUUCCGAGCCGCGCGACUGAUCAAGCUGCUCAGGCAGGGUUACACCAUUCGAAUACUGUUGUGGACGUUCGUGCAGAGCUUCAAAGCCUUACCCUACGUGUGCCUUCUCAUCGCGAUGCUCUUCUUUAUCUAUGCCAUCAUUGGGAUGCAGGUUUUCGGAAACAUGCAAUACGAUCCAGACACUGCCAUCAACAGGCAUAACAACUUCCGAUCUUUCGUGGGAGCACUUUUGCUGCUAUUUCGAUGCGCAACGGGCGAGUCCUGGCCUAACAUCAUGCUGGCGUGCCUCAAGCCGGCGAAGUGCGACGAGAAGGCCGGGAAGAGUGCAAGCGAACCUUGCGGAAGCACGCUCGCUUACGCCUACUUCGUUUCGUUUAUAUUCUUCUGUUCAUUUCUUAUGUUAAAUUUAUUCGUUGCCGUCAUUAUGGAUAAUUUUGAUUACCUAACGAGGGAUUCGUCCAUCCUCGGCGCACAUCACCUUGAUGAGUUUGUUAGAAUAUGGGCCGAAUAUGACCCAAAUGCCACCGGAAAGAUCCAUUUUACAGAAAUGUAUGAUAUGUUAAAAAAUAUGGAUCCUCCGUUGGGGUUUGGCAACAAGUGUCCGAAUAGGUUGGCCUAUAAGAAAUUAAUUAGAAUGAAUAUGCCGUUAGACGACGAAGGGAAGGUUAAUUUUACUACAACUCUCUUCGCGUUGAUACGGGAAAAUUUAAACAUCAAGAUGAGAUCAGCGGACGAGAUGGACCAAGCGGAUGAAGAGCUGAGGGAAACGAUUACUCACAUAUGGCCAUUGCAAGCGAAGAAAAUGCUAGAUUUGCUGGUGCCUCGAAACGACGUACUCAAUACAGGGAAAAUGACCGUGGGCAAGAUCUACGCGGGCCUCCUCAUCCUCGAGAGCUGGAGAUCGACUAGGUUUGGCCGGAAUCCGCAGGGCGUUACGGCAUUCGGCGAGAAUAGCCCUACGGCCAAUCAGCCGAAGGCGUCCUUCUUUAACUGCCUGUUGGACGUGGCGGCGGGGCUGGGCCCGGGCUCGCGCGCCGGCUCGCUGAGCCACGAGCCCCCCGUCGCACUGCCGGCCGCUGCCCAUCCCGAGGACCACGACUCUCACACUCUCGCCGACCUCGCCCGUCGCAACACCAGAAAGUCACUCAAGAACAAUAAAAAGGUUUUGGAGUUGCAAGACGUAGCUUCACAUCACGCGUCAAUAGAGUCUCUGGACGAGGCGCGACUAACGGCGCCGCACACUUACCAAAACGGUCACCACGGCAGGUCUUCCAGUUUGAGACGGACGCCCAGUCCGAGGCGACGUGGCCACUACGGGGGCUACCACCACGACAUCGGGUUCUCGGACACGGUCAGCAACGUCGUCGAGAUAGUGAAGCACGAACAUCAGCGGCACGGCCGCUCACAUCGCCCGCCACACCACUACCAUCCACAUGCAGGGAAGGAGUGGAGAGCGCCGCACCCAACGACCAGCCUGAGCCAGCCCUCGCGGUCGCCCAGCCCGCCACACCACACCUACGUUUGGGCUCCAAUAGGUGAACGAGAGCGGGAGAGGGACCGCGAGUGGCGAGCUUGGCGGGACCGGUCGUGGGAGAGGGAUGGAGCGCGGCGAGGCCGCGGUCGGCAGCUCCCGCCCACGCCUACCAAGCCGUCCACGCUGCAGGUCAAGCAGCAGCCACCAUUCACUCGAAUCACCCAUAGCCCCUCUCAUUUAUCAUUGAGGCAAACCGUGCGGGACCCGGUGGAGCCUUUGCACGAUGAGUACGAGUAUGGCCGAGAAGUAGAAAGACUGAUACACCGAGACUAUAGAUCUAGAGAUAGUAUUUGCAACAGACGCGGGCGGGGCUACGAGAGCGAGCGGGGAGGGCGGUCGUACGAGCCGGUAGCGCCACUGUCGUAUGAGGCCGCGCUGGCGCUAGGUCGCGGCGGCGGCGGCGCGCGCGCUCUUCCCUCGCCCGCGCCGCCUUCGCGCCUGCCCAACGGGUACAAGCCGCGCGCGCGCCACUCCGACUCCGACGAAGACGACUGGUGCUAGCGGCGCCGACGCGCGCGCUCCCAGAGAGACGUGCGCGCCGCCGCGACCCCCGCGACUCACGCGCACACCUUCUGAAGCGUCGCGCCCGGCCCGACCCGCGACAACACGCCUCGAACGAUCUCGUUUUUACUCGGC